GCUGUUUCAACAUGGCUGCGCCCGUGGAGAAGAACACGAGUGGCACAGAAUCCGCAGUUAUGACGACCGAAGUGAAUAGUGAAAACCUUCGAAGGAUUCAGAACACACUUGAAAAAUUCACUCUAUUCAUGGAGCGCCAUCAUCGAAUAGCAAAGAUGAACAUCGUUGGGUUUUUCACCGACAGAAUGUGGGAGGAAAUUAUCGUGCCCCAUUUUUCUGAAGAUGUUGUCAACGAGAUUGUGCACCUCUCUGAAGAAGAUAUGGCUGGGCUUCCCGCAGGGCGAUGGCAGCCACAGGAAACGUGUGAAAAUAAAGAAGGGUCGGGCUUGCAAAACUUCAUCAAUGAAUGUUUAGAGAAUCGGUUAGAAAAUACUGAUGUGUUGUGUAAACGUGAAGAUGUUUUGAAUGAAAUUGAGGAGACACAUGUCGAGAUGGAGAGGUCAACUUCAUUAUCGGAUAAGCAUACGGUGGAGGAAGAGACGUUAUUGGUGCACACAAGAGCACUGAUGAACAUGAAGAAGUGUCAUGAGGUAGAAAGGAUGUCAAGUUUCACUGCGAGAUUGGCCAAGAUCCAUCAUCUGCAACAGAUGGUUGAUAUCGGCAGUGGCAAAGGCUACCUUGGAAACUAUCUAACUCUUCAGUAUGGUCUAGAUGUUAUCGGCAUCGACUCAUCGGACUCAAACACUCAUGGUGCCAGAGAAAGAAGCCAAAAGCUACUUGAGAAGUGGGAGGGGAUUUCAAAGCACACCAUGAAUAUUAAACAGGGGUUCGCCCCACCAGACACCAGGAAGGAUACUUUCAAGGAUGUUUACACCAAGAGAGCACUCAAGUUAAAGAAAAAGCAAGAUUUUGAUGGUCCUGCGGCUGCAAUGGCACAGUCAUCACUUGAUGCUGGGUUAAAUAAGACCAUGAAUAAACAUGUGGGGAGUGACCAAUCAGUAGUAAACUUUGAAAAAACAACUGUGGUGGUAACAGAACAACUUACGGAAGACAUCCAAGCCUCAGAUGUCAACAGCGUCCUUGGCCAAUCAGACGGAUUUGUAAAUGAAGUCAUGAAUGCUCAACAGGCAGUUGACCAAUCACCCGACACGUUAAGUGAGAUUGGAAACACCAAUUCUGAAGUCGAUGUGAUUAAAGAUCUUCAUAAGAUUGAUCUAAUAAGUGAUGAGAAGCACGAGAUCCCAUCAGAGAGACAAGACAUUCACCACGACUCUGAUUCCCAACCUUUAGGCUGUAUAUCAGCAGAUAUUUUUAGCACAGAGUCACAAGAUUCACACAGUUCAAAUCUAUCAACUCGCCCAAGUAGUAAUUGUAACUCGAAAAUACAAGUAUCAACUGAGGAUGAUAACAUUCGUAAAUGCAGGGAAGGAAAGAUGAAAAAGCGCAGUAAAAAGGCGUUGGCUCAGAGCAGUGCAACUUUUUGCCCUGUCACAGCGUUUGUUAAACCAUCGACCAGCCUGACUGGUAUGGUGGCUGAAACUUCUCAGGAAUUUGGAAAACAGCUGCCAAGCUCGGAAAGUGAAGUUCCAUUCAUGUUGAUGGGUCUCCAUACGUGUGGAGAUCUUGCGCCCUCGAUGUUGAGGCUCUUCGUUCGCAACGACAAUGCCAAGGUUCUCUUGAAUAUCGGCUGCUGCUACCACCAAAUCACAGAGAGGUUUGAGACGGAGGGCUGGCAUGUUGAAGGUCCGAGACCAGAGGUGUUUGGAUUUCCCAUGAGCAAAUUCAUGAGGUCAAAGGGCACUGUAAUUGCCAGACCAGCCCGAAUAUUGGCGUGUAUGGCAGCAGAUAGGAUUGCAAGUACCCAGGUGGUACCAGCGAUGGGUCUGUUCUAUCGAAGUGUACUUCAAGUGUUACUUCGAGAUCACUUCAGAAUCCCUCAAAGAUCCGAAAAUGUUGGAAAGCUUGCUCCAAAGUGUCACUCAUUCCUCGAGUAUGCAAGAAAAGCUCUCAGGAAACUCAAGUUUGAUGACUCAAAGCUUUCUGAUGCAGACAUCAUUGCUUAUUCAGAGCGCUUCCAGCCAUAUUUUUGCCACUUACAAGCGCUAAAUCAACUAAGAGUUGCACUGUCACCAACAAUAGAGGGCCUCAUUAUGUUGGACAGACUUUGCUACCUACAAGAGCAGGCUAAUGUUCGAAGGGCAGCAGUAAUCCAACUCUUUGACCGGGUGACAUCACCAAGAUGCUAUGCUAUCGUGGCAACCAGCUAACCCAGCAGGCUACCAGUGGUAUGAUGCAGUUCUUCUUUUGGAACUUUUUAACAUAAAUAUUUCUUCUUUUGUUGUCUCAGUUAGAUGUGAACAACCCUCAGCUACAGAAACAUUGACUGGGUCAGAAUUUCCUCCACCCAUUUUUUAGAAAACAGUCCUAAAUGUUGUCUGGUCUCUUGUGUAUAGUUUGAAAGCUUUUGCCAAUAGCCUGUUUAAGGCAAUUUUUUAUCAAUCUUUUUUAACAUAACACCAUGUCUCACCGAUUUUUACAAUACAAUCUUUUUUCAAUACCUUUUAAAAUUAUGAUGUGAAUUCCCCCCCCCCCCAAAAAAAAAACAGCCGUCGAUUUCA